AUGGCCUCCCCCAAACCCCUCAUCACAACCCUCUACACCGCCGACCCCUCGGCCCACGUCUUCAACGGCAAACUCUACAUCUACCCCUCGCACGACCGCGAGACGACCAUCCCCUUCAACGACAACGGCGACCAAUACGACAUGCACGACUACCACGUCCUCUCGCUCUCCCACCCCCCUCCGCCCCCCUCCACCCCCUCCUCCUCCUCUUCACCACCCCCGCCCGCACUCUGCACCGACCACGGCACCGCCCUCGCCGCCCCCGCCGUCCCCUGGGCCGCCAAACAGCUCUGGGCCCCCGACGCCGCCCGCACCCCCGACGGCCGCCACUACCACCUGUACUUCCCCGCACGCGACCGCGCCGGCAUCUUCCGCAUCGGCGUCGCGGUCGGCGACAGGCCCGAGGGCCCGUUCGUGGCGCGGGCGGAGCCGAUGAGGGGGAGUUAUAGCAUCGAUCCGGCGGUGUUUGUGGAUGAUGGCGACGACGGGGACGGCAGGGCGUAUAUGUAUUUUGGCGGGCUGUGGGGGGGGCAGUUGGAGUGUUGGGACAAAGAAGGCGUGUUUGAUGCGGCGAGGGCGGGGCCGGAGGGGGAGCCAAGGGGGGAGGGGGUGAGGGCGUUGGGGCCGAGGGUGGGGGUGUUGAGGGGGGAUAUGUUGGAGUUUGAUUUCGAAGGGGGAGGGGGCCCGAAGGAGGUGUUGAUUUUGGAUGGGGAGACGGGCGAGCCGCUGGCGGCGGAUGAUCACGAGAGGAGGUUUUUCGAGGCCGCGUGGAUGCACAAGUAUCGGGGCGUGUAUUACUUUUCGUAUAGCACGGGGGAUACGCAUUUCUUGGCGUAUGCGACGGGGACGAGUCCGCUCGGGCCGUUUACGUAUCGCGGGAGGCUGUUGGAGCCGGUGUUGGGGUGGACGACGCAUCAUUCGGUGGUGGAGUGGGAGGGGAGGUGGUGGUUGUUUUAUCAUGAUUGCGAGCUGUCGGGCGGCGUGGACCACUUGAGGUGCGUCAAGAUGAGGGAGAUUUGGUAUGAUGCGGAGGGGAGGAUUGUGCAUGAGAAGCCGCAGGAGCAGUGA